GGGUCGCGUGCGACUGGUCGGUCCGCGAGCUGGGGGUUGGACCGCUGCGAGCGAAACAGAGCAAAAGAGUUUUAAAUGUCCGCCAUGUUGUCCAUGGCGCACUGAACCGACGGUAGGGAGCGCAGCGUCGGAAAAAAACAGUCCGCGAGAGAGCGACCGAGAUCCGGGCCUUCACCCCCCGGCUCCGUUGGCGACGCCCUUUUAUAUAACAAGCUACAACACUACGAACGUUCGAACUAGAGAUAAACCGCACAGAAAUCAUCCAUGAAAGCUCCACUCGGCACCGUUGUGACUAUCCGGAGAUCCGAUAGAUUCAAGUUGCUUCUCGAAUUGUGAGAGGAAAAAAAAAUGAGCAAACUGUCGUUUCGGGCGCGGGCGCUGGACGCUUCCAAGCCGCUGCCCGUCUUCCGCUGUGAGGAUUUACCCGAUCUUCACGAGUAUGCAUCCAUUAACCGGGCCGUGCCGCAGAUGCCCACGGGGAUGGAGAAAGAAGAGGAGUCGGAACACCAUCUCCAGCGGGCCAUCUCGGCGCACCAGGUGUACGGCGAGAAGCGGGACAGCAUGGUCAUCCCGGUCCCCGAGGCGGAGAGCAACAUCACGUACUACGAGUCCCUCUACCCCGGGGAGUUCAAGAUGCCAAAGCAGCUCAUUCACAUACAGCCUUUCAGCUUGGACGCGGAGCAGCCCGACUACGACCUGGACUCGGAGGACGACGCGUUCGUCAACAUGCUGAAGAAGAAGAUGGAGAUCAGCUUCCUGCAGUUUGAGGAGAUGAUCGACCGGCUGGAGAAGGGCAGCGGGCAGCAGGCCGUGAGCCUCCCGGAGGCCAAGCUGUUGCUGAAGGAGGACGACGAGCUCAUCAAGGAGGUCUUCGACUACUGGAGCCGCAAGAGGAAAAGCAGCCGGGCCAACUGCCUCCUGUCCAACGUCAAGCAGGAGAGACGCGACGGCGCCAGCACCAGUGACCCCUACGUGGCCUUCCGCCGCCGCACCGAGAAGAUGCAGACCAGGAAGAACCGCAAGAACGACGAGGCAUCCUACGAGAAGAUGCUGAAGCUGCGCCGGGACCUCAGCCGAGCCGUCACUAUCCUGGAAAUGAUCAAGAGGAGGGAGAAGAGUAAGAGAGAGCUGCUGCACCUCACACUGGAGAUCUUUGAGAAGAGAAACGUCAUGUCGGACUACAGCGGCGAGGUCAUGGCCGAGGUGUUGGCUGAGCGGGCGCUGGUGAGGCCGCAGAUCAUUCCCCUGGUCCCAGUCACCAACCAGUACAGACACCAGGACCACAUGGACCACAAGGACUACAAGUGCAAGCCCGAGAAGGCGGAGGUCCCCCGUCAGAAGAGGAAGUACGAGAAGAAGCAGAAGGCGCCUCUCUCGUCGGGCGCCCCCCACCACCUGGGGCCCGUCGUCUUCAACGCCAAGGACCUCAACCAGUACGACUUCCCCAGCUCGGACGACGAGCCCUUCUCCCAGCUGCACUCUGGCUCAUCGGAGGCCGAGGAGGAGAACGACCCCGAUGGCGCUUAUGCCUUUCGCAGGAAGUCGGGCUGCCAGUACUACGCUUCUCAUCAGGACCGCGUGGGCAGCUGGCCGUGGUGCGGACCCCGGGACGGCGGCUCGGCAGAAGCUCGCUUUCGCUACAGUCUCACCACGCUCACCGUGCCGCGGCGCUGCCUCGGCAUGGCUCGGCGGCGCUUGGGACGCGGCGGCAGGGUGCUGUUGGACAGGGCGCUCACGGACUACAACGUUUUCCACGGACUGGACCCAGAACGGCUCGACCUGCCUCCCCCCCUCUCGCCGCCGCCUCCUCCUCCUCCGACCGCUUCGCGCUCGCCGCCCAACGACAGGUUUGCCAGUACCUCAGAAACAAAUACCUCGGACAGAAGUUCCUCCUGCAACGCCUCCCGCUCGCCCCCCUCGUCCACGGACCUCAGUCAGAUACUGUUGAAUAUACGCUCGUGCCGAUGGAGGCACUUUAGACCACGGACACUCCCACUCCACGAGCUGGACGACGCCCACCCGCUAUUCAGGAAGUUGAGUCGGGGCCUGAAGCGACCGAUCUCCGGCUCCACAGCCGGGGGCCGGCCGUACGGCUCCCAGCGGCCGGCGAGGGUCGUCGCCGCGCCCCCCCCUGUCGCUGCUCUUACAGCCGAACAGUACCAGCAGCAUCAGGAGCAGCUGGCCCUGAUGCAGAAACAGCAGCUGGAGCAGAUCCAGCUGCAGCAGCAAGCCAACAGCACCGCCACUACAAACAGCACAAAGGGCCCGGCGAACACUUUGGACCAGGCCGGCGCCCAGUUCGCCGCCUCGGCCCUGGUGACCCCCGACAAGCUGCUGGCUCUCAAGACCAAGGAGGAGCUCGCCCUGGGAGGCGGAGUCAACGGCGUCCUCCCCCCCUCAGGUGUCUACAAGGGCUUGCACCUCUCGAGCACAGCAUCCCCCGCUGCCCAGGCUCCACCCACCUCCACCCCUUCGCCCGCCUUGCUCCACCCCUGCGCCGCCACCACCACCAGCUCCACCUCCGCCACCAGUAACAACAACGGCACCGCCCACCCCCCCUCCGCCGCCGCCACUCAGGUCCUGCUGGGAACCAACAACGGCAACAGCAGCCUCCGCCUGGGCGUCCCCGCCGGCAAGCGCGUGCACGCCCCCCGGAUGCUCGGCGCCGCCAUGUCCACCUCCGCCUUAAAGCUCGCCCACGCCGCCACCGCCAACUGUCAGAAGCCCAAGGUCGCCGCGACCUCGGCCUCGCCGCUGGACAUAGCGCCCAGGGAGAACCACGACCAAGAGAAGCCGCCCCUCAACAGCCUGUCAGAGAACACAGUGGCCAUGGAGGUGACGUAGCCUCGCGUACGCAGCGGCUGACUCCACCCUCGCUUUUAAAAAAAAUACAUUUUUUAGGUGCUAUGCAUCGUUGGUUAGUGGUGGCGGAACGAGCGAGGCGAAGGCCGGGUUUCCACGGCAACCGGGUUGGGACUUAAUGCAAUGCUCGUCUCGUACAAAUCUUUUUUUUUUUUUUUUUUCUCUUACCCCGCUCCCCUAAACUCAUUUCCUUAUUUGUUACUGUUAAAAAGAGAUCAUAUGUAAAUCCUUAAUAUGGCAAUUAUAUGUACAGUACUGAAUAUUUGUAACCCCCAGUUCUUGUAAAUAACAUUACUUGAAUACAGAAAUGUUCAUUUGUGAUGUUUUGCACUCGAUAUCGAAAACAAACACAAAAAAAGAAUCAAAUUAAAAAGAGAAAACGACAAACUGGUGGAGUGUGAAAGUUCAAACCCGCCCCCCCCCACCACGAGCACGCCCCCCCGACCUGCUGUCUGAUCUAAUUUAUUGUGCCGUGUUUACAAACCUUCUCCUUCAUGUUUUCAUUCUUCACUCACUGGUUUUACUUCCUUCAGAGGGGGGGGGGCAGGGGGGGCAGUUUGUCGGCUUCAUCGGUUCUCUUCCGUACAAAUAAUAAAUUCCUGAUACAAGUAACAAAACAACGACGAUGACUCUUUUCCCAGAAGGCUUUGCUGCUUCGGGGAACAGAGUCCUGGUGAUUUUCUUUUAUGUUGUUUUUUUUUUACCUUUUGGUGCCGAGCCUCAUUUAUUUGUAUUUCUCUUAAAGAUGCCCCCCCCCCCCCCGUCCCACAUUUAGCAUUUUUGAAAUCCCCACGUUGUUUUUCACACAAACGUCAUUAUUUUGUUACUUGUAGUUCUUGUAGGAGUCCAAACGGUGACGUGCAUCAUUCCAGCUUUGAACCACAAAGUCAUCGGAAAAACUAACAAAUGUAAAAAGAAUCUCUUCUGUGAAGAGUUUGGUACUGAACAAGGCUACUUGUAGUUUAUCUUUGUCUGUACCACGCGCGCCCCCCCCCCCCCCCCCCCAUGCCCGCUCCACUUGAUUCAUGAGGUUUUGUUUUUGUAGACUCACACAAGAAGGACGUAAGAAUCCUCUUGAAUUGUCAUGAAAUGAAAUAAAAACGCAGGGCAUUGUG